AGUGGGAAGAGAAAUAGAACAUUGUUUCCCGUUAUACGGUGUCACCUUUUCAAACUGAAUCGUUCAUAAAAUGAUACUAAUUCCUGUUUUAGACGUUACUUAGCAGAUACUGUUAGAUUUUUCGGUUGAAAAAAUUAUUAUUUACGAAAAACUGAUUACUUUUGUUGUUGUCGCUCUGGUAUGGCUUGUUUUGCUUGAACGGCCGGCAUUUUAAUAAGACUGUUUUGCUUUAAUUACAAUUAUUAUACUGUUCAUUUAUUAAAUGGUGGGGUUAACUUAAUAUUUUCAUUCUUUUUUUGGCUCAUACUAUUAAGAGUUUAUGCUUAAAGUAGGAACGCUAUUUCGUUAUAAUCCCACCAAGAAAGACUAUAUAAUAUAGUGAGGAAUUAGAAAUCAUAAAAAUGGCUACAGCACUUUCUUACCGAAACAAAGGCUCUGAUUCUUCAGGUAGUGAUUCCGAAGACAGUGACAAUGAAUGCCUCAAUUGGAAAAGAGUCACCAAAAAUGAUGGUGAAGAUUUGGAGAAAAUCCCUAUUGCACCACCACCAGUUGAACCGCAACCUACACAAAUAACUAAUUCUUACAAACGUAAAAGAAAUACGAUAUGGUGUGAAGUUCUAGAGGAUCAGAUGAUGUCUGAGACUUUGAAAUUUUGUGGAAUCAAAAAUAAACCCAAGGGUUUCGGAAGUCGAGGCGAGGAAAGUUAUGACUUUACUGUGGGUAAAAAUAUUUACAAUGAUGAUGGUUCUGAUGAAAAUAUGUCAGAUGACUCAAGGACAUCCUUUCAAAAUCGACGUAAACGUUUUAAAAGUGAUAAUUACGUUGAAGUAGAUGCCGCUGAAAAGGAAGCUGCUAAAAAGAUAUUAAAAGUUUUGGGUGAACCAAAGAAAUAUUUAAUAUUUCGUGUUGUGAAGUACAUAGGCAUUGAAAAGGCUAUGAAGUUUUUGAAAAUGACAGAGGAUAUAGAAGAAAGUGGUGGAUUAAUGAUCAAAAAUCAAGGAAGACGAAGGACUCCUGGUGGUGUCUAUUUGUUUCUUUUAAGGUCAGAUGAUAGUAUAGGGAAAGACAUAAAGGAUAAGAUAUUUGAAGGUGAACUGAAUAGCUAUGAAAGAAAAAAGAAGUUUGAUGACAAGCGAAAAAAGAAAAGUCAGAAACAUAAAAGAAACAAAAAGAAGUCCAAAGGUAAAAUGGAAGUUCAAACUUCAUCACCUGAUAAUUCUAAAGAAUCUGAUGUUGGCCACAUGGAAGAGGAUAAUAUUGUUGGUGAUUUUCCUGAUGUCAAUGUACCUGACACUGUUGUAAAGACAACUUCUAAUGCCAUUGCAAAUGAUUCAUCUGGUGCUGUUGUAAACGAAAUAACUUCAGAUCUUGAAGAGGGUGAAGUUGAGUAACACAAGAAUUCCUAGUGAUUUCAUAUUAAUUUGUACAUUUUUUUCUUCAUUAUACCUCAUAUUAAUUUUGUAAAUAAUGUCAACUGGAAUGACUGAUUAAACCCUUAUUAUAAAUGUUGUUACACAUGUGGAAUUCAGUGCUUAAUUUUGUUAAUGUGUCCCGUUUUUGUUAAAAUAAAAAGGAGUUGUGAAAA